GCUAUGUGAUUGGCUAAAGUGCACGUCACUCCCAGGCUCCGCUGCACGCGAUUGGCCAAAACGCGCAGUUACGCAGCCGCCCCUCGCUCACUUACAAGGGGUAGGGCUAGAGGAGUGUGAUCAAUCUUCAUCAGUCUACAUUUCCAAUCACCUAAAGCACCCGGCGCAGGACAGCUACUCCUCCGACAAGAUCUUAGAUGUUUAUUCGAGUCUCUGGAAAUUACACAUGGUUUUUAAAUCGGGUUUCAGAUGAGAACGUUUAAUUUAUUUCUAUAUGAGAUCUGUCUCAGUGGGAAGCAAUAAUUCAAAGUAAAAGAACAAACAAGAAAAUAACAAAGAAAAAAAUAUAAAGUUUCUUCUGUGGAUAAUUUGGGAAUCCCUGUCCAGCUUUUAGCAUGAUGUCAUACCUCAAACAGCCCCCAUAUGGCAUGAAUGGCUUGGGGCUUACAGGACCUGCCAUGGACUUGCUUCACCCUUCAGUGGGAUAUCCAGCCACUCCAAGGAAGCAGCGCAGGGAGCGAACCACCUUCACCCGCUCCCAGCUGGACGUGCUGGAGGCUCUGUUCGCGAAGACCCGCUACCCGGACAUCUUCAUGAGGGAGGAGGUGGCCCUGAAGAUCAACCUCCCGGAAUCCCGGGUCCAGGUCUGGUUUAAGAAUCGCCGAGCUAAAUGCCGACAGCAACAGCAGCAGCAGAGCAGCAACAGCGGAGCUAAGAGCCGGCCGGCCAAAAAGAAAUGCAGCCCGGCCAGAGAGAGCUCGGGCUCCGAGAGCAGCGGCCAGUUCACCCCGCCGGCCGUGUCCAGCUCUUCUUCCUCAUCCUCCUCUUCAUCCAGCUCCAAUUCGUCUGGAAACCCUGGCCUGGGUGCGGGCCCACUGAACGGCGGCACCCCCACAGCAUCUUCCAUCUGGAGCCCAGCCUCCAUCUCCCCGGGCACGGGCCCUGCUCCAGGAUCUGCCCCAGACUCCCUGGGAGCAGGCAGCGCCUCGUGCAUGCAACGCUCCAGCUCGGCUUCUGCAGCAUCUUACCCCAUGUCCUACAGUCAGGCUGCCGGCUACACCCAGGGCUACCCUGCCCCCUCCUCCUCUUAUUUUGGUGGGGUGGACUGCAGCUCCUAUCUGGCCCCCAUGCAUUCACACCACCACCCUCACCAGCUUAGCCCUAUGACCCCUUCUUCCAUGUCAAGUCACCACCAUCACCACCACCACUUGAGCCAGACCUCCGGCCAUCAUCACCACCACCAUCACCACCAGGGCUAUGCUGGUACUGGGCUGGCCUUCAACUCCUCUGACUGUCUGGACUACAAGGACCAAGCUGCAGCUUCUUCUUGGAAACUCAACUUCAACUCCACUGACUGCCUGGACUACAAAGAUCAGGCCUCCUGGAGGUUCCAGGUCUUGUGAACCAAAGAGCAAACAUUUUCAUUAAAGUGUUGCCUACAUUCCCAAGAAUAUAAAUAAAUAUAUAUAUAAA